UGCAGUGUGGGGAUGCUCUAGACCGAGUACAGCCCCAGUGUCUUUCCACCUCUUCUCCCUGCAGUGGCAGCAGCUGCAGCAGCACUUAGAAGCAACUUGAGGCUACACCCUGGGCCAGCCCCCCAGGGUGGUGCUCUGUUGAGAGGGGGGCUCAGCGCCCCGGAGGGGUGUGUGUAGGGUGGGGGCGGCCAGCUGGGACCAGCUGGUGGCCCUGGAAAACCUCCCACACACCCACACCCACACACCCCUUUUGUGUUGCAGGCUGCCCCUCCAAGAGCAGAGGCAGCGAGAGGACGUGUGCCUCACGCCCGGUCCGCAGCAAGAGCAGUGGAGACCCAGACCGGCACCACCUCCAGAUCCUGCCUCCAGGGAACAACAGGAAAACAAGAACUUGCAAGAAUUUGAGUGACAAACAUCUGGAUUCAAACUGGAAGACAGUUUAUUUGCCUAUUGCUUCACUCUGGAAAUUGCAACUCAACUCUCUAAGAAAAAUAAAGAAUCUGAAAGAAAAAGAAUACACCAGAUUUCCUAACAAAACAUUUCAUCUGAACCUAAAAUGGUGAGCGAGAGUCAUCAUGAGGCCCUGGCAGCCCCGCCAGUCACCACCGUUUCGACUGUUCUACCAAAUAAUGCCACAGAGCCAGCCAGCCCAGGAGAAGGAAAGGAAGAUGCCUUUUCUAAGCUGAAAGAGAAAUUUAUGAAUGAGUUGCAUAAAAUUCCAUUGCCACCAUGGGCCUUAAUUGCCAUAGCCAUAGUCGCAGUGCUUUUAGUCCUGACCUGCUGCUUUUGUAUCUGUAAGAAAUGCUUGUUCAAAAAGAAAAACAAGAAGAAGGGAAAGGAAAAGGGAGGAAAGAAUGCCAUUAACAUGAAAGAUGUGAAGGACUUAGGGAAGACCAUGAAAGAUCAGGCCCUUAAGGACGAUGAUGCUGAAACCGGAUUGACUGAUGGAGAAGAAAAAGAGGAACCUAAGGAAGAGGAGAAACUGGGAAAGCUUCAGUAUUCCCUGGAUUAUGAUUUCCAGAAUAACCAGCUCCUGGUAGGAAUCAUCCAGGCUGCCGAGUUGCCCGCCUUAGACAUGGGAGGCACAUCUGAUCCCUAUGUGAAAGUGUUUCUGCUGCCUGAUAAAAAGAAGAAAUUUGAGACAAAAGUCCACAGAAAGACCCUUAAUCCUGUCUUCAAUGAACAAUUUACUUUCAAGGUGCCAUAUUCAGAAUUAGGAGGCAAAACCCUGGUGAUGGCUGUAUAUGAUUUUGACCGUUUCUCCAAGCAUGACAUUAUUGGGGAAUUCAAGGUCCCCAUGAACACAGUGGAUUUCGGUCACGUAACUGAGGAAUGGCGUGAUCUGCAAAGUGCUGAGAAGGAAGAGCAAGAGAAACUGGGUGAUAUCUGCUUCUCCCUUCGCUAUGUACCUACUGCUGGCAAACUGACUGUUGUCAUCCUGGAGGCAAAGAACCUGAAGAAGAUGGAUGUGGGUGGCUUAUCUGAUCCUUAUGUGAAAAUUCAUCUGAUGCAGAAUGGUAAGAGGCUGAAGAAGAAAAAGACAACGAUUAAAAAGAAUACACUUAACCCCUACUACAAUGAGUCAUUCAGCUUUGAAGUACCUUUUGAGCAAAUCCAGAAAGUGCAAGUGGUGGUAACUGUUUUGGACUAUGACAAGAUUGGCAAGAACGAUGCAAUCGGCAAAGUCUUUGUGGGCUACAAUAGCACCGGGGCGGAGCUUCGACAUUGGUCAGACAUGCUGGCCAAUCCCAGGCGACCCAUUGCCCAGUGGCACACCCUCCAGGUGGAGGAGGAAGUUGACGCCAUGCUGGCAGUUAAGAAGUAAAGACAUGAAGAAGCCUUUCUGCAUUUGCCCACAUAGUGCUCUUUAGCCAGUAUCUGUAAAUACCUCAGUAAUAUGGGUCCUUUCGUUUUCCCAGCCAUGCGUUCCUAACACAAUUCAGUGGUACUUCAAAUCCUAUUUUAAUUUGCACAAAUUUAAACGUAGAGAGUUCCUAACCCUUCAUCAUACCACUGCCCUCCAAAUCAACUCUUCUUUUAAGCAAUAUGAUGUGUAGAUAGAGCAUGACUGAAAUUAUUUAUUGUAUCACACCGUUGUAUAUACCAGUAUGCUAAAGAUUUAUUUCUAGUUUGUGUAUUUGUAUGUUGUAAGCGUUUCCUAAUCUGUGUAUAUCUAGAUGUUUUUAAUAAGAUGUUCUAUUUUAAACUAUGUAAAUGACUGAAAUAUAGGAGAGCUGAUAAUAUAUUAUAUGGUAAAUAUAGUAUCGUCUGCAUUCCAGCAAAAAUAUCAACUUGUAAGGCACUAGUACAGUGAAACUGACAUCUUAAAGGACAACUUAAAUCUGAGCUUUCUAUUGAUCAUUUGAGUACCAAGAUACACCUACAACACAUAUUGGUGGGUGAAUCCAAUUUUGUAGAAUUUCCUCACAGGCAAAUUAGCAUGAUCUAAACAGCAUCCAGGCUGACCUCCAGGAAGCAUAGCCACAAACCAGAAUAGCAUCUGUCUGUACAUAUCUACAAAGCUAAAAUCAGGGCUUCACUCUGACAUUUGAGGAAGCAUCUGAACAGGAGUCAAUGAUUUCAUAUUACAGCAUAGAAUAACAACACAAUGGUGUCGUGUGUGCGCGUGUGUGUGUCCCUAUAUGUGUGCGCAUGUGCAUUGUUUGGGGAUGGGGUGGGUGAGAAGAAGUUGAGGGGGGAGAAGUCAGCAUUUCUGAAAUAUUGCCUGACUAUAUAAAAAGAAAAAAGUAGCUCUCUGUUGUCACCUUGAUACAAAAUGUGCAUCCUGUGAAUUCUGUUCCAGAUUUCACAUCUAUGAUAAUUCCAAAAUGUUUGCACAUUAGACUUUGUAACAAAUAUUUUAUUAUAUGAAACCAGAUUAGAAGGAAUGCAGAAUAUUUUUAACACAGCAAUCUGUGCUUAUUACACAAAAUCACUUUGUGGUAAACAGACAGUAUUGUAAUCCCAUCAAAAGAU